GGGAAACAUUUCUGGGAACAAACACCUGAAGCAUCUUUGAACUCGACCUCCCUUUGAAAUGUGGUUCCUUAGUACAAUUCAUGCCAUUGUCGAUUAUGUCAUGUCAUGGGCGCAUAUGGCCCAAAAUUGCGAGUUUGGGUAUCCGUCACUGAAUCGCAAGACGGGAAGGCUGGAACGGGAACAGCAGCUCCUUUUGAAAAAGAUUAAACUUAUUCUGCUCUUCAACCCCAUCACGGAAUGGAUCGAUACCACGCAUGCGAUGCGCCUGUACAUCCAUAACAAGUCCGUCGCUAGUGGCAGGGACGAAGGAACGCCGGCCUCGAAGAAACAGAUCAAAACUUUCGUUGAAGCUUUUAACAUUGAUAUGGGCGAUUUUGAACCAUCUAACAUAGGCGACUACGACACAUUCGAGGACUUCUUCACGCGAGCCCACAAACCUGGCUCCCGCCCGAUCCACGAGAAAGAGAACCCUUCCAAGGCAACAGUGGUAGCAGACUCCCGAGUUGUUGUGUAUGGGUCUUUGGCCAUGGCCAAGACGCUCUGGAUUAAGGGGCGAGAUUUCAAUAUUUCCAACCUGGCCAUGGAUACGCAGCUCGGCGAAUCCUUUACCGGCAGUGCGGUGGCAAGCUUCCGCCUCUCUCCGCAAGACUAUCACCGCUAUCACUCGCCCGUGGCGGGCACCAUCAAGCUCUUUCGAAGCGUGCCUGGGGACUACUAUCAAGUCGAUCCGAUUGCGCUUCACAGCGAUGUGGACAUAUUGACGCGGAACAGAAGGCAGUAUGUCCUAAUCGAAACGAAGGAAUUUGGAGACGUCCUCUUUGUCGCCAUCGGCGCGACAGAAGUCGGAACCGUUCAGAUCCAUGAUCAGUGGCAGAAGCACGGGGCAAAGAUCCAAAAAGGGGAUGAACUUGGCUUCUUCCAGUUUGGAGGCUCGUCUAUCAUCGUGGCAUUUCAGCACGGCAGGAUUGAGUUCGAUCAGGAUCUACUUGACCUAAGUAAGCAGCAAAUCCAGGUUUCCGUGGAGGUCGGAAUGAGCCUUGGCCGAGCCUUGCGGGCGGCCACUUGAUACCGAAAGGGGGGAAAUAAGCAGGAAACCACCAUUCCGUACCUUAAUGGAGGGAAAAAGUGAAAUAAUAAAGUCUUCAAGCUGACGGCUGGCGCCGCGGGCUUCCUGAAUACC